CAGUGAUGCUCAGACAGACAGUAGGGCACUUGGAUGGAGGCUUCGUCGCAGUGUGCACCGUUCAGCGUUCAUUCCUGACGUGUCUGUCUACAUCUAAACCAACCCACAGGACUGGACGGAAGGGGACUAUAGCUAUAACUUACAACCCGACACUUUAUCUGAUAUGGAUACGCAUGCCGUGCUGCAUUAAUUCGCCUAGAGAGGGGGACAUUUUAGUGAUGCCAACAUCCAGAGAGCAUCUGUGUUGCCGUUAACAGCGCGCGUGCUGAAGUUGGAUUGCGGAUCGCUUAUUGUAUCGAGCUUGAAACACGAUCUGAGCCGUUUUGACACCGCGGAUGUGUCUAGUGUUGUGAAUAGAUGUGAAGACAUUCUCUUUACAUCGAGCGAUGCGUUUCAGUUGUCCAUAACACCUUGUAGGGAUGCAUGCAAAUAAAUUACAGUAGUUAUAAGGGGAAGCGUUAUCAUCACGUUUGUUUUUUCUGUCAUUUGCGCUGAAUCGACUGGAGGAUACGAUACGGACAAUGAAUUGACGAUACUCAACUACGGAGUUGUUUCAUUGAAGAUCCCGGGGACAUCGGAGCUAAUAUAUCUGUGACAGUUCGUGUUAUUGGUUGAUUUCUUCAAACUGUUCUUUUAUCGCUAAUUUGAGAAGGGUAAUGCGCUUAAUGUGGUUUUAUGUGGAAAUGUGAUAUAAAAUGACAAAAUUAACCUGAAUUCAUCUUAGAUCUACAAACGUAAGUUUAGAUUUGGUAGAAGGUCCCAUUUCACUUUACAGUGCAGAAACUUGCUGGAACACUGGACCACCAUCGUGAAGAUGUUGCAAGGAUUGUUGCAACUGCUUUCUGUCUACCAGGUUCAUUUAUGCUUGUAAAGAUCAACUGACCAUCUAAGGGCGUAAAUUCCUUAAAUUUCUCCUGCUUCAUCCAGUGAUUUUCUAAACUUCGAGAACCAUGGAUAUUAAAGCCGAGUCUGAUGAUAACCUGGACUGUGAGCAGCCCGCACCCAUUGAAGUUUUUGCCAGCAGGUCCACUCUCCAUGGCAUCUCACAUAUGUUCAGUUAUGAACGCCAGUACAUCAAACGAUGCCUCUGGAUCAUCUUUUUCUUGGGCUCUUUUUCGUUCCUGGUGCUUGUUUGCGCUGACCGCAUCAAGUUUUACUUUCAGUAUCCUCAUGUCACCAAGCUGGACGAGAUCUCAGCACCACUGAUGGCGUUUCCUGCCGUCACCUUCUGCAACCUGAACUCUUUCCGCUUCGGCCGCGUGACGCGCAACGACCUGUACCACGCGGGCGAGCUGCUCGCGCUUUUAAACGGCAGGUAUGAGAUCCGGGAUACACACAUGGUGGAGGAGAGCGUCAUGAUGACCCUGAAAGAUAAAGCGGACUUCUCCAGCUUCAAGCCUCGUCCCUUCAACAUGCGCGAGUUCUACGAUCGAACGGGCCACGACAUUAAGGAAAUGCUCUUGUCCUGCUACUUCAGAGGAGCCGAAUGCAGCGCCGAAGACUUCACAGUGAUCUUCACACGCUAUGGAAAAUGCUACACCUUCAACUCGGGGCAGGACGGGCGGCCACUGCUGGUCACUAUGAAGGGAGGGAUGGGGAAUGGCCUGGAGCUGAUGCUGGACAUCCAGCAGGACGAGUACCUGCCCGUGUGGGGAGAGACCGAUGAGACGUCGUUCGAGGCGGGAAUCAAAGUCCAGAUCCACACACAGGAUGAACCGCCUUUCAUCGAUCAGCUGGGAUUCGGAGUGGCUCCAGGCUUCCAGACGUUCGUCUCCUGCCAAGAACAGCGGCUGACGUAUCUUCCUCCUCCGUGGGGCGACUGCAAGUCUACGCCAAUGGACUCUGAAUUCUACAGCACAUACAGUAUCACCGCCUGCCGCAUCGACUGCGAGACGCGCUAUCUGGUGGAGAACUGCAACUGCCGCAUGGUGCACAUGCCCGGAGACGCUCCGUAUUGCACCCCGGAGCAGUAUAAGGAGUGUGCAGAUCCAGCUCUAGAUUUUCUUGUGGAGAGAGACAAUGAUUACUGCGUGUGCGAGACGCCUUGCAACAUGACACGCUAUGGCAAAGAGCUGUCGUUUGUCAAGAUCCCCAGCAAAGCCUCCGCCAAAUACCUGGCCAAGAAGUACAACAAGUCGGAGCAGUACAUUGCAGAAAACAUCAUGGUGUUGGACAUCUUCUUCGAGGCCCUGAACUACGAGACCAUCGAGCAGAAGAAAGCCUACGAGUUAGCCGGCCUUCUUGGUGACAUUGGAGGACAGAUGGGGCUGUUUAUCGGGGCCAGUAUCUUAACCGUCCUGGAGCUCUUUGACUAUCUUUACGAGGUUAUCAAGUUCAAACUGUGUCGCUGCGCCAAGAAGAAACACCAGCGGAGAGACAACAAUGAGCGAGGAGCUGUCCUCAGCCUGGACGACGUGAAGCGUCACGCACCCUGUGACAACCUUCGUACCCCGUCAACCUACCCAGCCAACAUGCUACCUCACCAUCCCGGCCAGGGCAACUUCGAGGACUUCACUUGCUGAGCGUAAAGCCCAGAGCAGCCUGUCUGACAGAGAACAACCAAAGCCGAUCACAUCAGUGCGGACUCCAUUCACAACCGGACAUUACAGAGAAACCUUCUGGGUCUGCUACACACGUGUCCUGAGAUAUAACCUGACAUCGGAGGAACGGUACCAACCAACAAAUGUGUUCACUAACGCGUUACAUGGAAAACUGUGCGAUGUUUUUUUUGAAGAAUUUAAAGGAAAUACUGCCUCAAAAACAAAACUCCUUGAAGCCUCGUAAAUGUGGAGCGAUUUUUUCCCCACGCCAAAAUUACACGUAAUGUGACUCGGACAUCGAAUAGCUUCUCGCAGCUGGACCCUGAUGCCUUUUGUGUACAUAGUGACGGCUCGAAACUGUCUUCAGACCAGUGGCUUAUGUAGAUCAGUAGAUAAAUAUAGCGCUUUCUCACUGUAUGUAGCCUCAUCACCAGUCCCAUCGAUUCUGCCUCGCUGUAUCUCACGAGUAUGUAACUUCCCGAACGAGGUGACCAUCACGGGGCGGUUUCGAGACGGGUCCCAUGUGUCAUUGUGUUUCAGGUCCCAUCUUGUAAAUGCAUGCUGGUCGUCCUGUGCAUGUUUUUAUUUUUAUUUAGAUUUCAUUAUUACUAUCGCCAAGCUUGCCUCAAUUAUAUACAGGUGUUGGAAGAUGGUGUAAAGUUUGUGUAUAUGUGUGCGGGUUCUGCUGUUCUUGUGGGGAUGACAUUUGUCCGUGACCCCCAGAAGAACAGCAAGCUGACAAAAGGGAUACAACGGUUCAAAAAGAAGCGAAACAAUGUGUAAAUUCAUAUCUAAAAAUGCCAAAAAGUUUUAUUUUACGUUCAGGAUUAGUUUAGUAUUGGACAAACAAACAAUAGAUGUGAAUGGAGUCUUCAAAAGGAUACAGUGGCCUCAAAAGAUGUUGUGACACUCGAGUUACUCGUACUAAUGCGUGAGAGCAGUUGCGCAUCUGGAUCGUUUUCUCUUUACUCGUGUUCGCUUUCCUUCAUCACUUUUGCUUGCUGUCUUUGAAUCUGCAGUGUUUUUUUAGUUCUUCAAUUGUUUGUUUCCCUUUACGCCCAAACCACAACUAUGAAUAAUGAAGCUACUUCAGACAAAUCCCUUUUAGAUUUGCGUUGAGCGCAAGA